AUGGCCUGUAACAAGAGCUUUUCCAGCAAUUAUUUUCUAUUGACGCCAGAAGAAGUUGGCUUCUUUGAUCUGAUUCACAUUUUGUUCUCCACCACCAAGUUUGAGGAAGGAAUUAAGUUUUUAGAUAUGUCUAAGUUUGUGUCAAAGCCACUCUCAGAGUUGGGGUCGGGGAUCGAACUGGCUUUGAACCUUAUACCAAGCAACCGCAAUGUGUUUGUGCUCAUGCUCAAUUUCCUCCGAGGGCUUAUAGACAAGCGGGUGGAGUUGGACGGUAGCAUCAAACAUGGUGAUGCCAACUACCAUGCAGCACUCUCUGCGAUGGCUUCUAAAGCAUCAUAUGAAAACAGUGCACGCAUUGAAACUAUUGUCAAGAAUCACUGGAAGAUGAAGUUUUUGGGAUUUUAUGACUUCUGGAAUGAUUAUCAAGGAAAAGACACGACACAAGCCUUCUUGCUUCGUGACAAAACUUGUGACCAAGACACAAUUGUUGUGGCCUUUAGAGGAACUGAACCCUUUGAUGCAGAUGCAUGGUGCUCUGACUUUGACUUCUCCUGGUAUGAGCUUUACGGGGCUGGCAAAAUUCAUGGUGGCUUCAUGAAAGCUUUAGGGUUACACAAGAAUGAUGGUUGGCCUAAGGAAGAAGUCAAACAAGAUGGUAAACCACCCCGACGCCGAGCUUACUAUGCCAUUAGAGACAUGCUAAAUAAACUUUUGAGACAAAAUGAUGAAUCAAGAUACAUAGUGACAGGCCAUAGUUUCGGUGGGGCUCUAGCAAUUCUGUUUCCAGCGAUUUUGGCUAUGCAUGAUGAGGCAUGGUUAUUGGAGAGAUUGCAGGGGGUAUAUACAUUUGGGCAGCCAAGGGUAGGAGAUGAGAAAUUUGGAGAGUUCAUGGAAAAACAAUUGAAAGAGCAUCGCGUUCCAUAUUUUAGAAUUGUUUAUGGUAAUGAUAUGGUGCCUAGGUUGCCUUUUGAUGACAAUGCCUUAAUGUACAAGCACUUUGGGACAUGCCUCUACUAUAAUAGGCACUAUGAAGUGAAGGUUGUUGAAGAAGAACCAUAUAGGAAUUACUUCUCACCAUUGGGGGCAAUACCCAAGAUGAUAAUGCUUUCUGGGAGCUGA